GUUUUGCUUCCUACUGCUUACCAAUAGCCUAGGCAACGACACAUAUACUCCGGAUCGAAACAACAGCCCCGUGCAAGCACUUGAGGACCACAAUGGAUGAGGUUUUGCUCAAAAGGGUGGGGGCCAAAGGGAAGAGGACCUCCAUGACGGAAGAGCCAACAGAGCCCAAACAGGCUGCAAAUGAUGCUUGGACAGGUCAGGUUGGGGAUGUGAGCUAUGAUGAGCUCAUUCAUUCGGUAUCAUCAUAUGUUAAGGAGUACAUGUCGCACUACGACCCAUCCCACGACUACAACCACAUACAACGAGUCCACCGCUUGGCACUGCUCAUCCUUCACAAAGAGAUCCAGUCCGACAAAUCCGGAACACCACAAUACAACGAGACGCUCCUGACCCUUGGAGCUCUACUCCAUGAUGUCGGCGACCGCAAAUACCUCCUUCCGGGCCAGGACUCGACCACACUGGUGAGGGACGUCCUCCUCGAGAGGGGCUGCCCCGCCGACCUGGCAGACAAGGUCCAAGAUCUCGUCCUCCAUGUUUCCUUCUCCACCGAGAAGAAGGCCCCUCAGAAGGUGCUGGACAAGAUCGCCUCCAUACCAGAGCUGGCUAUCGUGCAGGAUGCAGAUAGGCUCGACGCACUUGGCGCUGUCGGCAUCGCCCGCUGCUUCACCUUUGGCGGCGCAAAGAUGAGCGAGCGGGGCCUGAGCGGCUGCAUCGAUCACUUCGAGGAGAAGCUGGAGCUUUUGGAGGGCAUGAUGAAGACGGAUACUGGGCGGCAGCUUGCCAAGGAACGGACUGAGAGGCUGAAAGUCUUCAGGGGCUGGUGGGAGAGUGAAAAUCUGGGGUCAUCUUGAGUCGCCAGUUUGGAUGCCUAGGUAACCCCACUUACGAAUACACAUCCGCCUACCCCAUAUCACAGGUGCUCAUACGAAGAUUCCAAAAGAGAGGUUUUGUCAAUUCAAAGGAGUUCAGGUGUGUUGUCACGACGAGCGGCACAACGCGGCACAAGACACAGUAUUGGCGCUUUCAUAUUGCGAACUUUGGACUGUCCAUUGUGUCAACCUUUCACUAGGGAAUUGUGCAUUCCGACGGAUCCGGCCAACCAUCAACUAAUUGAAUUUCGAGAACCAGACUCCGCUUGUUCGCUCUCGGUGAUUGUCAAGUAUACAGG